AUGGCGUAUAUGAACCCAUACCCGAUGCCGACUUUGGAGAACCCAACUGCGUCUUACCCGCCCAUGUCGAAUCAAUCUAUGUCAAACCAACCUAUGCCAAACCAACAUAUGCCGAACCAGCCUAUGCCGCACCCGCCUAUGUCGCACCCGCCUACGUCGAACCAACCUAUGUCGUACCCGCCUCCUAUGCCGCACACGAUUAUCUCGAAUGCGCCUAUGCCAAACCCGGCUGUGUUAAACCCGACUACCUCGAACCCAACUCUGUUUAACCCGAGCAUGCAAAUCAUCGAUGAUGACGAAUCAGAUUUUGAGCUUGAGAAUAGGCCUGUGACGGAGAGUUGCGAUGUUUUACGGCGUAAGAUACGCACCUUGAUUGAUAAUGGCGAAAUGAAAGUGGGCGAGUUCCAAAAGGCAGUUGGCAUCACUCCCAAUGCGUACUCGCGAUUUAUGAGCCAGCAUGGGAAGGAGAAGGGAGUUGAGUCUUCUGUAUAUCCGGCAGCGUACGCGUUCUUCCAGCAGCGCGAGAUGGCAGGCAUCAAGACGACCGCGAAUAAGAAGGCGAAGAAGAAUGAAGGAGACGCGGCGAAGGAUAGUGUACCUAGUGUCGAUGAUGUCGAGCUGGAUUUCGAGAAAGAAGAUAAAGUACCCGUAUACGAUACAUGCGACGACGUCCGCAAGAAGAUCAACGCACACCUCAAGAAACCCGGCGUAGCCCAGGCUGCAUUCCUUCGUGCAGCCUCAGCGUCCUUCCACAACCCAUCCAAGACCCUGAACGCGCGCCAACUCUCUGCUUUUCGCAGCAAGAAAGGGGCAUUGAACGGCAACACAUCCGGCAUCUAUUAUGGUUCGUACGUCUACUUUGAGAAGCUACGCAUCAAAGAAGGGAAGCCCAAGAGCAAGAAGAGGCAGGAGAUGGAGGAGAUACAUGCCAAGGAUGGCGGGAUCGACACAAAACAUAUGCAGGACCGACUUACUACCCGGGAGGGUGACCAUUGGCACCAUGAUGCUUAUGGGAGGACGAUUCUCAACGGGGAGAUUCUUGAGUAG